CAUUUCAAAUGACAACGAUCUAUGUGUAUUAAUAUUUAGGCCAGUGAUAAGUCCUCAUAAGCUGGAGUUUGAGAUCCUAAAGAAAGGAAGCUUUAGUCCCGCAGAGCUUGAGGCUCUGGUCUCCAUCAUGCAAAUAGCUGGUGAAAGGCCUGGGCAGAGCAAAGCUGGUGAAAGACCAGGUCAGACCAAAGUUGAUGAAAGACCAGGUCAGACCGAAGCUGGUGAAAGGCCAGGGCAGAGCAAAGCUGGAGAAAGAAGUAGCUCUGCAGAAACACUAUCGACAAGUAAAUCAAUUACUAGUUUGGAAGCCAUGGGCGUACGUGUAUUCGGCCUUGAUGAACCACUUGUUGGUAAUGCCAAUGAAGAGGUGACAUGGGAUACCAUUGCUGGCUAUGAUCAGCAAAAGAGGGAAAUGGAGGAUACUGUACUAUUGGCUCUGCGUAGUCCUGAAGUUUAUGAUGACAUUGCCCGUGGGACUCGGUGAAAAUAUGAGUCAAAUAGACCCCGAGCCGUGCUUUUUGAAGGCCCUCCAGGUACUGGGAAAACAUCUUGUGCUCGUGUUAUUGCUAAUCAAGCGGUAAGCCUUUAUUCUCCGUAAUGAUCUUUGAUGAUGGAUUUGCUGCCCUACAUCUAGUAUGAUAUAUAUUUCACGAGUGUUAAUUUUUUUUUUUUUUUUUUUUUUUUUUUUUUUUUUUUUUUUUUUACUUUUUAGGACUAAUGUUGUCUUAUACCUUUCCAACUGUGAAAUGACCAGUCAGUCUUUGAUUACACUGAAGAGGUUCAACUAAUCAUCGUUGUUCAUUCAAUCAUUGUCUCUUAGAAUUUACUGGAUAGGUACUUGAGAAACUUUCUCACUUUAACCUCCAUCCCUGUACUAUCUGAAACUCAAACAAUAAUUGAGUAAUUCUCUCUUGACAAACAGAAUGAACAAUAUAGUUCACAACAAAACCACUACACGUCAAGAAUAGUUUGUUCAUCAUUUAGAUUGCAAAACAUUAGCACAUUUGAAUCAAACAUCAAGGCCAAAUCAUAAAAAUAACUCUGGCUUAGACAUGAUAAAUAUAAUUUAUCAAACCACUUUCUCUACAUCACAAUAAUGAGAUUGAUGUGUACCUUUAUUAGUUCAUUGGCAUACUGCCUAGAACCAUUCUGCUUAUCACAUUAUCUUGUACUUGUUUCUUGGCUUAGAGACACAUAUACAUCUUUAUCUCAAUUAACAACAUGCAUGUGAAGUUAACAACUUAUGAUCAUUCUAGCAAAUGAACUCUAUCAAUGCGAACUAUAGUAAUAUCACACAUGAAUCAAGAAGUUCAACUCACAUGCCAAGAAAAAACUUAACAUAACAAGUUAGAUUACUCAAAUCUAACCCCCACUCACCAUACAUAUCACAAGGGAUAUAACAUCAUGAGCAAAAAUACCUCAUAUUCUAAGUUGUCACCUGCGCAUGCGUUUUAAAUACACACCCUUGAUUUACAAUCAAUCAUGCUAGGAAGCUUAAGCAACCUUACUGCAAACCAGACAAGCUUAGAACAAACCAGGUGAGUCAUAAGAGUUGGUCAGCACCAAACUUACAGAAUAAAUCCUAACAACAUAAUAUCUUACCUUUAGCCCAUUUCCAAUCGACCACCUUUCAACUCACCUUGAAAGAUACUUACAAGUUACAACAGAUGGAUUUCUUAUAGCAAGGCAAGAGAUACUCUUCUCAAACAUAUCAGACUCAAAGAGAGUGCACAACUCGCGUUAACAUGCUUCUUUCCACAACUAGUCAAUCAGGUUUAUUCAUAUGGUUCAGGAAUUUUCCAUUCACCACUACAUGAAUAUAUAAACCACACAACAAACAUCUACAUACAACUUUCGAUCAAGAAAGUAAAACCAAGAUGAUAUAACACUAGUUUAAGCUUUAAUCCAAUACACCUUAGAUGAUGAACUCAUCAACUUUACUGGCAGAAUAAAGCUUUGGAGGCAAGAACAAUUCCUAUGAACGAGUAAAACUAACAUGUCAUGUCAUAGGAAAACAUAUACUUGAGACAUUUCAAGGAUUUAACAUAUCAAGCUCGUACAUGAUAAACGUAGCAGAUAUUCAGCAUACAUAUCACCCUCAGUCCCACAAGCCUUCAUACUUUAUGUGAAACUUAUCUAGAAGUCAAUUCUUUAUUAUUGGAAACCCCCACAUCACAGAUACCACAUGAAAAUAAUCAUGAAUCAGGUAACAAAUUAGGGAGUAUAAACCAAAUUCUUGGGUGAAAUACUUACUAAACAAAUAAACAACUGAUACAUAUCUGCAACUCCCACAAUACUAACAUUCACAGAAUAUUAAUAGUGUUUAAAGACAUAUAGAAUGUUAAUUCCCAUCCUUACCUCAUGUGGGGCACUUACACUUCAAACUUGCACGACCAUUCUAGCUUUGUUAAGUCAAGCCUUUUUAUUCUGCUAAUAAGCACGGAAAUCAACCGGUCUCAUCUAGACCAUCAACAAGAAAAAUAAUUGCUAAAUCUCUAGCAAAUUAAAUAAAUGCAUUUCAAGUUCGUGAACAAAGCUACUUAAAAUAACAAGAAUUAAAAGAACCAAUAAUUCUAAAUCCCUUUUUAAUCUAAAAAGGGACACUUACAAGCUUAUCACAUACUCCGUGCUUAACAAAACAUUGUCCAUGAUUAGGAGAAAUAACGAUUAAAUACAUUAUCAUAAGAUAGAACACGUAUCUAACCUAAUCUACUAGGACAAAUAGCAAUGCCCAUAAUCAUACAUGAUUAAACAGAUCAUAAACAAAUAGCCAUAGAUAAAAGAAUAACUCAUGGAAGUCUUCCUCCUCAACAAUACUCACAAACAUGAGUAAAACCAACUUACUAGUUAGUCACAAAAUCUAACUCAAAUCACCCCCACAUUGCUACACAAUACAUCAUAAUAAUUAUAUUAUGCAUACUUGGGGCACAUAUAAUAAACAUAUUAUAUAAAGUUAGAAUUUAACAACAAAAUAAAAUGAGAAGAAACUUCCCUAAUCUUUGAUAUGAGCAUGAUAGCCUUUAAUUAAAUGUUAUGAUCCAACUGCAACCUGGCACUGAACAUCAUCAAUCUCGCUGUUUCGAGAAAGAAAGUCGGAGGCUGGACGCGCCUUGGUAAUCACUACUCCGCAGCUGCAUCCCAAGUUCUCUUCUCAAUGAGCCACCAGUAAUGAAAAUUAGGAAAUAUAUAUCCUUUUACUGAUGCAAUCUCUCGUCCAAACCUAACACGAGACAGUAAUAAACCCAAAUCUUGCUGCCAUGCCGGCAUGCCCAAUCCACUAUAUUUGUUAGGAUUCAUUUCUGUUGACUCAAAUCAAAUAGUGGGUUUUGUUCCUUGAAAAUUAAUUCUGUCAAUUACCCAUUAAAAUUCCACUUGCUAGGAAUUAAAUAAUGAAGCCACUUGAUAAUAAUUUGAUAUUAAAGGAUUUUGACUUCCUUAAUUCCACGUCGAACGAUCACCAGAUCAAAAUCUUUGAGAGCACAAAACCCAAAGCAACUCGAUCGCAAUCGCAAGAGCUCCUUAUCCACUCAAUCCCUUGAUAGGAAUUAAAUAAAGUAGCUGCUAGUCUCAAAUUAAAGAACUUGAAUUCUUUUCAAUUCCAUGUACGACAAGACUC